AUGUUUCGUCGGUGCUUACGUCUUUGCGACUUCUCUGUUCUUUUGGCUACUUUUGAGCCUUUUGAACUAUAUGGGAGCAAGGAUACGGGGAUUUGUGAAAUGGUAGUAAACAAUAAGAAGAAUUCUCUGAAUCUAUUGGAUCGAUCAUUUUUUUCUUCUUUAUUGAAAGCGACAAAUUAUCUUUCAAGUGAACUUAAUGGGGUUGCACGGGUAGGGAUUUUAACGUCAAAAGAGGGAACUCCUUUUUCUGCAGGUUUAGAUUUGAAGCAAUUGCAGGAGUUAGUAAAGGGGCCUUCGAGCUCCGCUACGACGGGUGAAAAAGCAGUAAAUUCUUUUGGGAUGCCGGCAAUGCAGUUUCAACGACAACAUGCGGAAAUUCGACUGUUUCAGUCGAGUGUUUCUUCAUUGGCUCGUUGUUCUAUUCCCAUUAUAUGUGCAAUUGAUGGUUAUUGCAUCGGUGGAGCUACAUCUAUUAUUACGGCUUGUGACUUCCGUUACGCCACUGAAAAGGCUUUUUUUUCCGUAAAAGAGGCGCAAGUUGGUUUAGCGGCUGAUCUCGGUGUCCUUCAACGGCUACCACGCAUUGUAGGGGAGGGCCGCGCACGGGAAUUGGUAUACACGGCCCGCUCCUUUAAUGGAAAGGAGGCUAAGGAAAUGGGUCUUGUGGAGGAGGUUUUUGAGAGUCGGGAAGAAAUGAUCGAGGCGGUUCGCAAAACCGCCACUUUGAUUGCAUCAAACUCUCCUUUAGCUGUUCAAGGAUCAAAGUUGUUAAUGAAUCGUCAGACGGAGCCAGAUGUGGAAAGAGGGCUAGAAUAUACCGCAUCGUGGAGUGCAGGAAAUGUGGCAUGUGAUGACGUUUUGGAGGCGGCUGCGGCAUUUGCGAAAAAAAGCCCACCACUUUUUAAGAAUUAUGUGGUAAACACCAGUUCUACUGUAACUUGA